AUGGAUGCGGCGUUCAUUUGGAAGCUCUCCAAACUCGGUCGCAUCGGUUCCACACGUCAGAGGUAUGACGAUGACUUUGCCGAUCGACUUAACUACCAGUAUACCAGCGUCCUACUCUUUCUUUUCAUCGGACUUAUUGGUAUUCGACAGUAUGUUGGAAAGCCAAUUCAAUGUUGGAUCCCUCAAGAGUUCACUCGAGGCUGGGAGGAGUACGCGGAAAACUACUGCUGGGUGGCGAAUACGUACUUUGCAGCGCUGUGGAAGCGACUACCCUUGGUCCCUGACCGUCGCUCCAGUCACCUUGUCUACUACCAAUGGGCGCCUAUUGUGCUUGCCGCCCAGGCUCUCCUCUUCUACCUUCCCUGUUUCCUCUGGCGUGUAGGCAUGCGUAACUCCGGCUUCUCCGUUCAUCGGGUCCUCCAACUGGCCUCCGAGUCCAACGAUUUGGUGCCCGAAGUGGCGCAGAAAACGGUUCAUGUCAUGGCGAGGUAUCUGGAAAUGUGUAUCCAUCGACAGCGCAUGUACCGACAGAGGUGUAGCUGUGAGAAAAGCCGUAGCUCCACAACAGUGCGAUUUCAUCCUUCUCCGCUAAUUGAGAUGCAGACGCCUUCGAAUGAGGCCUCGAGGGUGAAGGACUACAUUCAACCUACCUCCAUCGCCACCGCUUCCUCGGAGCAAAGUGCUCCUCCCGCAUGCAAACCUAUCGUUUCAACCUCAGCUGCUACUCAGAUAAGUCGAAAAGCACCGUCUCUAUCCAUGCGUGCUCCGGUGCUGCAAAAAUUUCGAAAGGCUCCACUCCCACCCCUGCCCCCGCCUUCCUCGAUGCUUCAUGACGAGGGGGACUUUACCGAAUUCACCACCAUUCAGUUCUCUCCCUCCCUAGACGGAGGGAAUUCGGAGGCGGGACUUAGUGAAUACCUCAUCAAGUCGCCACCUUCCCACUCUACUGAUAGAUGUACUUCCACCAGCUCUGAGCGAUAUUCAGGAAGUCCCGAUCUUGAAGAUGCUGCAACAUCCACUGAAAACAAGAUUUUCUCCCUCCUUUUGGAUCACCAGUACUUUAAGCAAGCAAGGAAGAAGUUUUCCACCAGGGAACGCUCCGUAGCUUAA